GCAUGUUAUAAAUCCCCUUUCCUCCCCAUGUCCAGCUUUUCAUAUCUUCUUUAGGUCAUUGAGUGAACUCCAGUGAGAGGACCAACAAAUAUGGACAGAAAACUCGUUGCUUGGAUGUCGAUGCUUCUUGUCCCAGUUCUCCUGGUCGCAGCAGAACCUAUAGACCCUUUGACAGAUCUGGAAAAUAUUGCCGGAAAGCUGAUUUUCUAUCAGACGGAUGGAAACGCCACUUACGUGAGGGACACGGGGGAACUGGCCUCAGAUGUUCCUACAGAGACCAUGUUUGAACUCUUUGACCCCCAAAAGAACUUCAGCACGGCAAAGUUCACCUAUACCUGGGACUUAGGGAAUGGGGAAGUGAUCCAAGGGACGGAGCCAGUUGUGCGGUAUCAUUACCCUAAAUCGGGAACCUACACUCUGAGGCUGAGCGUAGGAGCAAAUGUGACCAAAUAUGUGACGCCAAUCGCCGGUGUCUACUCCAUGGCUGUCAAAGUGCUCGAUGCCAUCAAAAGCAUUGAACUGAACGGGCCAUCACAUUACGUGGUGUCUCAGGAAACCAGUUUGUCUUUUCAUGUGGAUGGAAGUCCUCCCAUGUGGGUGUGCUGGCGUUUCCUGCCCAACUGUGUGUCGGACAUGGCCGACGGCUGCACCCUCACCAUGCUGUAUGAAAACACGCUGCGGCUGAACCACACCUUCACCUCCGCCGGCUACCACUGUCUGGACAUCAGUGUCAAGAAUGACAUCAGCAUGCUGCAGACCUCCUUCAGCCUCUAUGCUAGCAGAAACGGUAACAUCCAAUUGCUCUUCAUCCUGUCGUGUGCUGCUGUUCUCGUGGCGACUUUCUGCUUCAUCACAGUCAUCGCCUGUCGCCCUCGACGCCCCACCACAGCACAGAUCGCUUCUUCCAGUAACGCCGUAUUCCUGAAGAGCCUGGACGCUGACGCUCACCCCACAGUUGUUUUCAACACCAACAUCUUGAAGAGAGCAGAGAAAGAGCCGCUCCUCUUGCAGUACGGGACCCAGUACUGCUCCCGACCAUCGCACUGCUCCUCUGUCUGACCUCUGCUCUGUGUGCCAUCGUACACACGGCCUCAUAUGGGCGUUAAGGCACGGUACUACGUUUGCCGUGACAAUAAUGAUGAUGAUGAUCAACACAUGAGUCAGUCUCUGACAUCCAAAAGAACUCAUAUUAAAUUAAUGGUUCAAGUGCAGGUCAUGUUUUAACAAUGAGCGCUAACUGAAGCUUGCUGUGAGCGGAUUGAACCACUCGUUUAUUCAUUUGAUGCUUCCCUGAAAAAUAAAAAUAGAACAGGU